GCGGAUACCACGGUUACCACGGUUUCGGUAACGCCUUUCACCCGUCACCGUUGUCACCCGGUACCGGCAUCAUCACCCCUGACGGCAGCAACACGAACUCUAUCUUCCCCAACCCCAGAACCCCAUUGGGUUUCGGCGGGAUCAACCCCGGUCUCGGAAACCCGCUCUACAACACUGGUAUCUUGAACCCUGGCAUCGGAAACCCUGGUUUCGGGUCCACAGGGAUCAUCACUCCGGCUGUCGGGACCUCCGGGUUCGGGACCGUCGGUUCACCGGUCCCGAUAGUCGACGCCGCAUCGAACGCUCGUCGACAAGAACCAAGUAUCGGUUCAGGUACACCCCCACCCGGGGUUCUUCCCCUCGAAACUCCAGCAAUUGAACCCAUAAAGCUGACCUCGACCCCCACCAACGCCCACCAGGACUUCCCCCCUUUCACGCAGGACCGGCCCACCCCCCGAGAGGGGACGUUGGGGGACAUCACCCCUGGGCGCGUCAGGAGGCGACGGCAAACUCAAGAACAACAGCUGCUGCAGCUGCUGCUCAACCGGCAACUGACAGCUGCAGGGCAAACAACUGCUGCAGCUGAUUCUUAAAUGACAACUUACAGCUGCAGGACAAACAACUGCUGCAGCUGAAACCUAAAUGACAACUACAGGGGUUGAGUUGCAUUUAUAGCAAAAAAUUCAGAAACAUUCGAUACGAAAUAUUUCAUGUUUAGGAUUGCGAGUUUUAUGUCGAGGAAUAAGGUUGAAUUUUAAUUACCACGGGAGGGGCAAGAAUUUAUCACACUCAAACCAAGAUCUAUUAGUGGUAUAGGAUCAAUAAUGAUCCAAUGUGUUCAUUAAUACUAAUUAAGAUCGUUAGUUUGUAAUAAUUGUAGAAAUUUUGUAGCGAGCAUCAAUUUGCAUCAUUGAUGACAACAAUGCUGGUCGCUAUCUUUUAAUAGUCUAGUUCUGCUUACUUAUGAUCAUAAACAUCGAUCAUAAACAUCGAUCAAAACCAUCAAUCAUUAACAUCGAUUAAAAACAUCGAUUAUAAACAUCGAUUAUAAACAUCGAUCAAAACCAUCAAUCAUUAACAUCGAUUAUAAACAUCGAUUAUAAACAUCGAUUAUAAACAUCGAUCAUAAACAUCGAUUAUAAACAUCGACUAUAAACAUCGGGAACAUCUAUUUGAAUCUCAUGUAUUGUUUAAAUCGAAACCUAUUAGAGUAGAAAUGGUAUAUCGUUGGUCAUCGAGUGUAUAGGUUUAAUGUGUUGUGUUUUAAAGCGAAGACCCGAAACGCAAGUAAUGUUAUUGCUACGAAACAAAAUGUAAAAUGUUCAGACUAUAAAUUUGCGACUUAGAGUGCAAAAAGUCUUGCUGUGAACAUUUUCAUUCUAAAAUUUUGUAUUGGGGAAAACUCUCGGCCUAAAUAUUAGGAACAUAAAAUAGUUAUUUUUGGGGUAGAAAGUCGACCUAAAUAUUUCAGAUAUAAAAUUUUCAUUUUCAGGCAAAAAAUCUUACACAGCCAGUAUCCGAUGCUAUAUGGGCUAAGAUUUAUUUAGUUUGUGACAACUGAUGGUCCAAAAAUUAAUCAUUUAAAAACAAUUUUACAAUCAUUUAA